AUGGAGAACAGCACGACCAUCUCCCAGGACGUCACCCAGGUUUUAAAUCUGACAGUAAUGCCUCUGAACCCUCUCGAAGAGCAGGUCAUAACAAUAUUUUUGACGAUUCUCAUCUGUGGAGUUGGGAUUGCUGGCAAUAUCAUGGUGGUGCUGGUUGUGCUGCGCACUAAACACAUGGUGACCCCGACCAACUGUUACCUUGUCAGUCUGGCUAUUGCAGACCUCAUUGUGCUCCUGGCUGCAGGGUUGCCAAAUAUCUCUGAUGUUGUAGCCUUCUGGAUAUACGGCUACACAGGGUGCUUGUGUAUAACUUACCUUCAGUACCUGGGCAUCAACGUGUCAUCCUGCUCUAUCACAGCAUUCACCAUUGAACGAUACAUCGCUAUUUGUCACUCCAUAAAGGCACAGUUCAUAUGCACCGUUUCCCGGGCCAAGAGGAUCAUAGCUGGAGUCUGGGUCUUCACCUCACUCUACUGCAUUAUGUGGUUCUUCUUAGUGGACAUACAUGAAACUGUCUAUGCUAAUGGAGUGGUGGUCACUUGUGGCUAUCGUGUAUCCAGGAGCCUCUACAUGCCAAUCUAUUUCCUGGACUUCACUCUCUUUUAUGUGAUCCCCCUCAUUGUGGCCACUGUGCUUUACGGACUCAUCGCAAGGAUUUUGUUCAUGAGCCCCCUGCCGUCGCAUCUCAACGACAGAGCCGGAGGAGGGUCUGUUCACCAGGGUCACUCCAACAACACCAAGGCCAACAAGGGCGCAGUCUCUGCAAGGAAGCAGAUAACAAAGAUGCUGGCCGUGGUGGUCAUCCUCUUCGCCUUGCUCUGGAUGCCUUACCGAACACUGGUGGUGGUCAACUCCCUCGUCGACCCGCCUUACAACAACACCUGGUUCCUGCUCUUCUGCCGGAUGUGCAUCUACACCAACAGUGCCAUCAACCCCAUCAUUUACAACCUCAUGUCUCAGAAGUUUCGUGUCGCGUUCAAAAAGCUCUGCAAGUGCAACUGGCAACAAAAGGAGAAGGCAGCCGAGUACAACAUGCCGAUGUAUUACGGCAUGAUCAAGGAUUCAUCCCACGAGAGCAACGAGCCGAUGACGGAGCAGGAGGACGUGAGUGGCCAAACCAUCAAGAGGUUCAAUGUAACGGAUGAUGACACGAGCACUUUCAGCAUCUCUUAA